CUCGCAAAGGCAGGCACUUCUGCCUUAAAUCUUAAUGAAAGAACAAACUGAUGAUAAAAAAAAUAACUUUAUCAAGACCUCACUGGGAUCUCAUCAGUGUAUCUAAAAAUGAUUUUCUUAGCUGACAUGGAUGCAUGAGAGAUAUAAUUUUCCUCAGAAAUAUUGAAGCACUUAAAAUUUUGUUCUUUUUUUUUUUCAUUUUUGAGGCAAAAAAGCUUGCAGCCAAUUCAUCACAAUGACUCUUGACACUGAGUUUGGUGUGAAGAGCAGCAGCAUCAUCAGGGAGUGGAGUGGACAGGUCCAUCCUGCUCUGGUUGUCUCCUUUGUCUUCCUCUUCUGUCUGGAAGCCUGCCUGUGGGUCAGGAACCUCCGGCUCAAAAGAAGACUGCCGGGACCGUUCGCCUGGCCCGUGGUGGGCAACGCCAUGCAGCUGGGCCAGAUGCCUCACAUCACCUUCAGCAAGCUGGCCAAGAAAUAUGGCAACGUGUACCAGAUCCGUCUGGGCUGCAGCGACGUGGUGGUCCUGAAUGGAGCCCGGGCGAUCCAUCAAGCCCUGAUACAGCACAGCACAGAGUUUGCAGGCAGACCCAACUUCGUGUCUUUCCAGAUGAUCUCUGGAGGCAGGAGUCUCACGUUUGCUAAUUACAGCCAACAGUGGAAAGCACACAGGAAAAUUGCCCAGUCGACCCUCAGAGCUUUUUCCUCUGCAAACAGUCAGACUAAAAAAACCUUUGAGCAGCACGUCACGGCCGAGGCCACAGAGCUGGUGCAGGUACUUCUGCGCCAGAGCGGCAAUGGACGGUAUUUUCACCCGGCUCAUGAGUUUACAGUAGCUGCUGCUAAUAUCAUGUGUGCUCUCUGCUUUGGGAGGAGGUACGGACACGACGACCUCGAGUUCAGGACCUUGCUGCAACGACUGGAAAAGUUUGGAGAGACAGUAGGGGCAGGUAGCCUGGUAGACGUCAUGCCCUGGCUUCAGUCCUUUCCCAACCCUGUCCGCAGUGUCUAUGAAAACUUCAAAAAUCUUAAUGAAGAGUUUUUCACCUUUGUGAAAAACAAAGUGGUGCAGCACAGAGAAUCGUUCAACCCAGAGGUGACCCGGGACAUGAGCGACGCCAUCAUCAGUGUGAUUGAGCACGGUGAAGACCGCCGACUGACCAAAGAGUUCGUAGAAGCGACCGUUACAGAUCUGAUUGGCGCGGGUCAAGACACCAUGUCAACUCUCAUGCAGUGGAUUUUCUUGCUCCUGCUCAAGUACCCAGACACGCAAGCCAAGCUGCAGCAGCUCAUAGACAAAGUCGCCGGCCGAGACAGGUUGCCAUCCAUCGAGGACAGAAGCAACCUGGCGCUCCUGGAUGCUUUUAUCUACGAGACCAUGCGCUUCACCAGCUUUGUCCCCGUCACCAUCCCUCACUCCACCACCUCAGAUGUCACCAUCGAAAGCCUCCACAUCCCCAAGGACACAGUGGUCUUCAUAAAUCAGUGGUCCGUCAAUCACGACCCCCUGAAGUGGAAGGACCCGCAUGUAUUCGACCCCACGCGGUUCCUCGAUGAAAACGGGGCCCUGAACAGAGACAAAACCAACAGCGUGAUGAUCUUUUCCACAGGUAAAAGGCGCUGCAUCGGGGACCAGAUUGCCAAGGUGGAGGUGUUUUUAUUCACAGCGGUCUUGUUGCACCAGUGCAGCUUCGAGAGCGACCCCUCCGAGCCUCUCACGCUCGACUGCUCUUAUGGUCUCACGCUGAAGCCCCUCCAGUUCCGCGUCAGCACCAAGCUCAGAGGAAAGCUGCUUGGUGUCGUUUCCCCAGCGUGAACAGCAUUCCCCCAUACUGGGACUUCUGCAAACACUUUACCGCCAAUGACACUUACCAGUGAGUAUCAACAUACCUGCACUAAACGGUUCUGUUGUAAGAUGUUCAUAUUUAAAAGGGAAUAUUUAAUUCAUCUAUUAAAAUAGUUUGUAUUUGAUUAUUUUUUAUUUUUGGUGCAGGACCGAGAUAUUACUAUAAAGAUAUCAUCUUGUGGACUGUUGUAUUCUGUUUGUGCUUAUAAGGGAUACUCUGUACUUGAUCAGAUUUUGUGCAUAAUGUCAUGUUGUGUGCUUGUUUGUUAUCCACUAUUCAGCAUGUUGGUGAGUGCACCAAAACUAGCUACAUUUAAACUAUAAUAACUGUAUAUGAAAAGCUUGGGAAUGUUAUCAAGCUGGUUGAUGCCUUUUUGUUCACAUUUUUUUUUUUAGGCGUAAAAACAUAUUUUAACUGUGUCAUGUAAUUCGUAGUUCAGGUUUGUCAAGAAUUAUUUAAGUUAAACAACUAUCUACUGUACUCAAAGCAUAAGAGCUGAAUAAACAGCGCAUGUCGAUCAGAGUAAAGUUUAUUUUGUUUUUAAAGAUGUACUUAUGAAGCUAGAAAGAGGAAAAGAAGUGUUUCACCAGGAAGUGUCCAUCACUUAUCAAAGUUUAAGGACCAGACAUGACUGUGGACUGUAAAAAUACAACAAGCGCUGCAGCUACCACAUGCCGAACACAUCUCGCCAAGACAACAAAACACAUGUGCAGAGUUUCUCUCACACAUCAGGAAUUCUCUAAACCAUGUUUGUUUACAAUAACUUUUUUCAAAGCUAUAUGGAUGUCAGUGCACUCUCUCCAAGCCUCUGUUUUCAGGAAUUGAUAUAAUGCCAAUAGGAUGUGUUUUUCUGUUAAACUCAGUUGGCCUUGAAUGUUUAAGUUCUCAAGCUAUUAUAACUCCUUUAACAUUCAAGGAAUAUUGAGACUUCACAUAUUGGAAAAAUAAGCUGUAUUUGAAAUUAAUAAAGUGAAUUUUGAAUGGUAAA